AUGCAGUCAAUAACCCUCCCAACAUACCCUCUCCUCUACGAAGUCAGGCCCAUUGUCGGCGUCGUCUACGAGGCAACGCACCUCAGCCGUCCACGCCCAAAGAUCCGCGAGAUGGAAAAAGAAGAUGUGCAAAAGCAUGAGCGGAGCGAGAGUGCUUCUGCUAUACUAAACAGCACAGAAUCCAGACAUCAUCGACAUGCGUCCGCUCCGAUUGUACGUCAAGAGGUUACGGAUAGGCAUCCUCGUAGCAAGUCCCUCGGCGACGAUUUUCAGCACACUGAGGAUCGCCAGCGUCAGCACGAGCGUACUCCUGCUGCCGGCGUCUCGCGAGGUGCUGCAAUACCAAGACCGAUUCGAAAAGUUGAUAGUAAUGAUCAGUCGUUCCAUGUCGCGACGGCGCAGACGAUGGGUGCAAUCCGUCGUGCUCCCGAGGACUCCGAGUCCGAGAACCAAGUCGGUAAAUGCGCCAAGGACCAUGUGAAGGAUAAUUCCACUUCCAAAUCGAUUGUUGCACCAGCGGCUAGCAAGACAAAGCAUGGAGGAUACUUCCGAAUAAAGAAGACCGUCAAUUCUAUCUUCUCUCGCCACCACGGCACUGGCAUCGCAACUGCUGAAGGCUGUAAGCACAGUUUGCGCAAAGGUCGAUGCAAGAAGUGCGGCUGUCCUAAGCAGGAAGAGACUCAAAUUCAGUCUGGAUUCCAUUGCGCCAAAGGUGGACGUUCCGGAUGUGCGUCAUGCUCCACGAUCUUCAACAAGGAUGUUGACCAGGAAGGAGUGGAAGAAGUAUUGUAUAUCCCUGAAGGCCCACCUCAGAUUGCGCCACUGCGCUCGAUCUCGAAGUUCACGUCACCCUUUGAUAUCGAGGAUCCAUUCACAGCUGCGGCGAAAGACGUGAACGAGAAUGCCGAUGUCGAAGGAUCGCACAUAUCGAACAAAGCGCCACGACUGACUCCAAUUCGCCCGAUGGCGAGUUUCAUCGAAGAAAUCCAAGGCGUAUUCCUACCUGUUGAUGACAGCGAUGAUACUAGUACAGUGUCAAAAGCCUCUGUCGACGAUCUAUUAUCCUCAUCAAGCCCUACUCAAUGCGCAUCUGAGUAUUCUCAUACUUCUUCUGAGGAGUCAUGGACGCGGCGCCAUCUCGACACUCCGACAUCAUGUGCUGUACAUGCAGGUCCAGAUGUAGAUGUGGGUUUACCUACUGCUGCUCUGCAGGUAUUGCAAGAGUCUGCCACGAAUGCACGGAGUCAACGUGGCUGGAGUCACACUCCAAAACCUGACGACUUUGUCGAGCAUGCAAAGCUUGUCAGUGCUGAGAAUAACGGCUAUUCAAAGAAUGAUGUGGGUGAACAGCUCCGCUCGAUCCUACCACCCGUUAGCUAUCACACCAGCAGCGAGAUUUUACCACGAACUAGAUCUCUCUCAGUCUUGACUACGGCCGAAUCUCAAGCCACCCAGUCGAUCGAGUAUGACCCAAACACGCAGGUGUCAUCAGAAUACGCGACUCCUCAGUCGGUGUCGGUCGGUAUCAGCAGUUUAUAUUUCACUCCGCCCACGACAGCCAACAGCCCCCGACUACCCCAAUUCUCUUUCGAAUACCCGGUUAUGGAGAAGCCACAGUGGCCUCCUAGCACCCUCAAGACCACAACGACGCGCUCCACCCCCACGCCCCAACUCUUCCUGACCCCACGAACAUCCAAAACUUCACUAACAACAACAUCAAGUAUCGCAGUCCCCAUAAUCCCACUCGACGUCCUCGACGUGAUCGCAAACGCCGGUGUACACGGGGACAUUGAAUGCCAAACGAUAAUCCAGCGACUCGACCGAGAACUACUCAAAGGUCUGAGAUCCCCCGCUAUCAAGCCGCGAUGGAACAAACAAGCGCGCUACCUUAUUCGCAAAGCGCAUCUAGCCAUCGAUCUUGACGUCCAGAUGCGGACUGGACGUUUGACACGCGAGAUCGUAGACGCCGUUCGAAGACAGUUCUUCCCCACGAUCACACAAGGAGAGAAGAAAAUGACCAACCACGUUUUCAACUCGUAUAUCCACCACGCGGUGCGUCAGGGCGAAUUAGCCCAUAGCCAGGCAACGAAGAUCCUCCUGCUCGCUACGGGCGAUGGUAACUACGAGGAGUCUUAUGCGGAGCGAGCGAUCUUUGCUGGACAUGAGUGGUUUCGCGAUGCCACUGGAUUUGCUGCGUACUUUGAAGAGAACGUGGAGAAGAAUGGCAGUUUCAGUAGGGAGGAUGCUUCGCUGUAUGAGGAUAUGGUUACCGCUGAAGAGCUAGCAGCUGCUGCUCAGACUCUUCCGGAACUAAAUCAUCGCGUGCACAGCUACAUAGCGGAUGUGGAGCGCUAUAUGGAGGGGGACCGGCGGCCGGGUGCGUUUACGCCUAUCUUUCCAUGA